UUGUUCUAGCCCCGCCAAUUUCAUUCAUCAAUUUGCUUUACAAGUUGUUACUCCAAUGGAUUCAGAGGAUGAUUUCGAUAUGCAAGACGCCAACAACGAAUUGGGGGUCGAUGACUUCUUCAGUGGAGGCGACAAUGAAGCUGAUGCCAUGGCUGUCUGCGAUGAUUCGGAUGCUGACGGUGGCGAUUAUGAGUUUAUAGACUACGAUUCCGAGGACUCUGACGCAAAUGCCCAUCAUCGACACCAGCAAAAUUAUACAGUUCUGAGCGAAGCAGAUAUUCGGCAGCGUCAAGAGGACGACAUCAUGGGGGUAUGUGCCGUGCUUUCGAUUUCAAAGGUGGAAGCUGCCCUCGUGCUCCGCCACUAUAAUUGGAGUGUAAGUAAAAUACAUGAUGAAUGGUUUGCGGAUGAGGAGAAGGUACGAAAGGCUGUUGGCUUAUUGGUGAAACCUGUGGUUCGAUUUCCAGAUGGAAAAUAUAUGACAUGUGGGAUAUGUUUUGAUUCCUAUCCUCAUGAUAUGCUUAAUGCUGCAGCUUGUGGUCAUCCUUUUUGUAUAUCAUGCUGGAGAGGUUAUAUAAGCACAGCCAUUAAUGAUGGUCCUGGAUGUUUGAUGUUGCGAUGUCCUCAUCCAUCCUGUUCUGCCGCUGUUGGUCAAGAUAUGAUUAAUUUCUUUGUUUCUGAUGAAGACAGGGAGAAGUACUCUUGUUACUUCAUUAGGUCUUACAUUGAAGACAACAAAAAGACUAAAUGGUGUCCUGCACCGGGCUGUGAUUAUUCUGUGGAUUUUAUUCUGGGGAGUGGAAACUAUGAUGUUACAUGUCGCUGCUCACAUGGCUUUUGCUGGAAUUGUACAGAGGAAGCUCACCGACCAGUUGAUUGUGGCACUGUGGCUAAGUGGAUAUUGAAAAACAGUACAGAAUCUGAAAAUAUGGAUGCUGUUUGGCUUUGCCUUGGUGCAUGGUCAGAGCAUGGUCUAAGAACUGGUGGUUUUAAUUCGUGCAACCGUUAUGAGACAGCAAAGCAAGACGGAGUGUACAAUGAAGAUGACAAACGAAGAGAGAUGGCUAAGAACUCUCUAGAAAGAUAUACUCAUUACUACAAACGGUGGGCUACCAACCAAUUGUCUAGGCAGAAGGCAUUAAAGGAUCUACAGCAAAUGCAGACUGUGCAUCUUGCAAAGCUCAGUGACAUACAAUGCCAACCUCUUUCACAGUUGAAGUUCAUCACUGAAGCCUGGUUGCAGAUAAUCGAAUGUAGGAGAGUUCUAAAAUGGACAUACGCCUAUGGAUAUUAUUUACCAGAGCAUGAAGCUGCAAAAAUGCAGUUCUUUGAAUACUUGCAAGGUGAGGCUGAAUCUGGAUUGGAACGACUUCAUCAAUGUGCAGAGAAGGAGUUACAAUAUUACCUCACCGCAGAAGGCCAGUCAAAAGAGUUUAAUGAGUUCCGCAAAAAACUUGCAGGACUAACCAGUGUGACGCGGAAUUACUUUGAGAAUUUAGUACAAGCUCUUGAGAAUGGUUUAUCGGAUGUGGAUUCCCAUGGUGGUUGUAACAGGACAGAUAGCUCCAAGAACAAAGGAUGUGGAAGCAGUAAGGGUGGGAAUGUCAAAGAGUUAACAUCAAGUGAUAGUGUUAGUAGAAAUCUCAACAAUCUAGGCUACUGGUCCUGUGAACAUUGCACCUUUGCAAAUAUCAGUUCAGCCACCACCAGUGAGGUGUGCGACCAACCCCAGUAAAUCUCAAGUGCUGUGUUAUAGUUAUGAUGGCCAAUAACAUUUGAGUGUCAGCAGGAGAAGGAACUGUUUUUCCAUUCCACAUUCCAAGCAUAUGGCGUCUAUCCUUUGAUUGGCCCCAGCAAAAAUUGAAAUAAGAAACCUUUUUGUCUUGGCAUCAACAUUCCUGAGGUGCAUAACAUUUGUAAUUGGCAUUAAUUGCUGAUUUUUUAUGAUAUUUUCUCAGGGAAAGGUACCUUCACCUUGUGUAGCAUGUAUAUAUCUGUUUAAUGUACAGAGUAGUAAGUAAAGCAUAUCGGCCCCUGAACCAGUCGUGUGCGGAUGAUCAGCCCAAAAAUCAAGGUUUGAUAUUCCACAACUGUGACGUUAAAAGGUUGAUCUUCCACAAAAACAAGUUGAGGGACUGAUAAUACUUUUUCGCCUUUAAUAUAUGAGAAAAUGACACAUUUAAUUAUGGCGGAAAAUCAGUGAAUUCCUUCGUGGGUUGAGAGUUUAGAACUCGGUGUUUGUUGAGGUUUUUAUUAUUAUUAUUAUUUGUUGUUGAGGGACUGAUAAUACUUUUUCGCCUUUAAUAUAUGAGAAAAUGUGAA